UUGUCAUCUCUAGUUCUAUCACAGGGUCACACUCGAAACAUUGCAAAUAUUUUAGGAAAACUUUUCGUUGCAAUUUUUAGCUGCCUGCAUCGGAAAUAUAGGAAUUCAGUGCAAAUGGUAAGGGUGACGAUAGAAACAAAGAAAGGAACACCUGACCGAUUGGAAAAGAAGCCGACGGCCAUUUUUUGCUAGCUAAGACGUGACUGUUGGCCAAAAGUCUAGCAAGUGCAGCGCACAUUCAUAAUCACAUCCGUUCAGCCCACAUCCUGGUCAAAUACACGCACAGACACUAACACACACAUCGAGAGCGAGAUGUCCGAGAAGAACCUGAAAGUAGGCGCCCGCGUCGAGCUGACCGGCAAAGAUCUGCUCGGCACGGUUGCCUACGUAGGCAUGACCAGCUUCGCCGUCGGCAAGUGGGUGGGCGUCGUGCUGGACGAGCCAAAGGGCAAGAACAGCGGCUCCAUCAAGGGCCAGCAGUAUUUCCAGUGUGACGAGAACUGCGGCAUGUUCGUACGUCCGACGCAGCUGCGUCUGCUGGAAGCGGCUCCUGGUAGCAGGCGCAGCAUUGAGGACGUUAGCACUGCCACGCCCACGGCUGCCCAACCCACAAAGGCGCGGCUGAGCACCUCCCGCACCUCGCUCUCCUCCAGUCGCCAAUCGCUGUUGGGUUCUCGCACCCAGUUGACAACAUCCCUUAGUGAACGCACCGGCUCCAGCAGCAGCAUUGGUCCCAGGAAAUCUCUUGUACCACAAAGCAGCAAGGAUAGAGACACUCCGAGCUCUUCGUUGGCGGAGGGAGCAACAACAGCAGUCGGUGGUAACGGUGCAGGCUCGCAUGCCUCCUCUAAGCGGGCUUCCUUUGUAGAGACGGGCUUCCUGGAGAUUCUCAAGCCGCAGUUUACUCCUUCGCAGCCUCUCCGUUCGCCGUCGUUCACCAUGCCCUCCAACUCCAGUUCCGAAGAUAAGACUGCCCUUUUGGAGGCGCAGAAAACUAGCGCCGAACUGCAGGCCCAGUUGGCUGAUCUCACUGAGAAACUAGAAACUCUGAAGCAGCGCCGUAACGAGGAUAAGGAAAGGUUGCGAGAGUUCGACAAGAUGAAGAUUCAGUUUGAGCAGCUGCAAGAGUUUCGCACAAAGAUCAUGGCCGCACAGGCUUCGCUGCAGAAGGAGCUACAGCGCGCCAAGCAAGAGGCCAAGGAUGCAAUUGAAGCCAAAGAGCAGCACGCCCAGGAAAUGGCUGAUCUUUCUGACAACGUGGAGAUGAUCACCCUGGACAAGGAGAUGGCAGAGGAAAAAGCCGACACGCUACAGCUAGAACUGGAGUCCUCCAAGGAGCGUAUUGAAGAGCUGCAAGUAGAUUUAGAGCUGCUGCGCUCUGAGAUGCAGAACAAGGCUGAAUCCGCCAUUGGUAACAUCUCAGGUGAAGGCGAUUCCGCUGGACUCUCCACGUAUGAAUUCAAACAGCUGGAACAGCAGAAUAUCCGUUUGAAAGAAACGCUGGUUCGUCUGAGGGAUCUUUCGGCUCAUGACAAGCAUGACAUUCAGAAAUUAAGCAAGGAGUUGGAGAUGAAGCGUUCUGAAGUUGCAGAAUUGGAGCGUACCAAGGAGAAGCUCAGUGCGAAGAUUGAUGAAUUGGAGGCCACAGUGGCCGACUUGCAGGAACAAGUCGAUGCUGCACUUGGAGCCGAGGAAAUGGUAGAGCAGCUGGCCGAAAAGAAAAUGGAACUGGAGGAUAAGGUCAAGCUACUCGAGGAGGAAAUCGCUCAGUUGGAGGCCCUGGAGGAAGUGCAUGAACAGCUUGUGGAGAGCAAUCACGAACUGGAGCUGGAUCUGCGCGAGGAACUGGACCUGGCCAAUGGAGCCAAAAAGGAGGUGCUGCGAGAGCGUGAUGCAGCCAUCGAGACCAUCUAUGAUCGUGACCAGACCAUCACAAAGUUCAGGGAAUUGGUACAGAAGCUGAACGACCAACUAACUGAUCUGAGGGAUCGUAAUUCUAGCAAUGAAAAGGAGUCGCUGCAGGAUCCCAGCUUGAAACUGGCCACAGAAACUAUCGACUACAAACAGAUGUUUGCCGAAUCCAAGGCUUAUACUCGUGCCAUCGAUGUUCAACUGCGCCAGAUCGAGCUGAGUCAGGCCAACGAGCAUGUCCAGAUGUUGACCGCCUUUAUGCCCGAGUCUUUCAUGAGUCGCGGUGGCGAUCAUGACUCCAUUCUGGUGGUUCUACUCAUUUCACGUAUUGUCUUCAAAUGUGGCAUUGUCGUUUCGCAGACGAGGGAACGUUUCCCGGCCGUCGAGACGAUUACUAGGGAGGCGGUGACCCAGGGCCAUGCCGUCCAGCAAUAUGCCUUCAAGUGUCGCCUGCUGCACUACGUCCAUAGCCUGCAGUGUGCCCUUCACCAGAUCCUCUAUGGACUUAAUAGCUGCCAACCGGAUACUCUUCUUAGAGCUGGAAGCUCCCUUCCCGAAAUGGUAGCUCAAGAAAAGAUAGUUGACGGUAUCAUUGAACUACUAAAGUCCAAUCAGCUGGAUGAGAACAGCACUACGGAUAAUAUUGAGAAAUGUGUUGCCUUCUUCAAUGCGAUGAACUCUGUGUUGCUAGCCGGGGAACAACUUCUGAACGAGAUCCAGAUGAUUCGUGACUGUGUGGCUUCCUUGGGAGCUGCCUGUGAGAGCAUUCUCAGCGACACGGCCAUUGCUAAGGCUAUUAUUCAGGAGGCAGGUGCCACCAGCGAUUCGGUAUUGUUGAUUCAGUUCCUGAACGAGAACAUGGAAAGCGUGCGUCAGCAAGUAAAGCUGAUCAAGCGCCGUUUGCCCAGCGACCAGCAUGUGAUCAAGAGCGGUCUGUCGCAGCACAAAGUGGAGGCGAUGCGUGCUCUGGCACAGAAUAUCAGUCGUAUCAUGUCGGCGAUGCACCAGGCCACCAAGCAGUCUUUAGCAACCAUUGUCACCACCAUCGAGAGCGACAAUGCAGCGGAACACACUCUUCCACAGGAGAAGUACUGGGCCCUGCUGUCCGCCUCCUGCGAGCGUAUCUACGAGCAGGAUGACCGCGGACCAACGCACAAUUUCAAGACCCUAUUGGCCCAGGCAAACUCCGACCUGCAGCACAUUGCCCAACAUCUGCUGGACAAGGAGUACGAGAUCAUCUCGGAAGCCAAUAAGGCUGGUGGCCAACAGAAGUCAGGUGCCCACAGCACACCCAUUACACAACGAGCGCAGCUGAUCAAGAAACAGUUGGAGCAGAAGAAUGUGCUGGCCGCAACGUUAGAAAAUCGUGAAGCGGACGUAAAGCAUCUUAAGCUAGUUGCCAAGAUGAAGCAAGACGAGUUAAGUGAGAUGCAGAUCCGCAAAGAUCUGGCGGAAAAGAAACUGAGUGUGCUGCAGAACGAGUACGAGCACGCGGUUGACAAGUGGAAACAGCAGUAUGAGGAAACACGCCAGCAGUUGCAGCUGAAGGAGAAGGAGUUCGAGGAGACGAUGGACCACCUGCAAAGUGAUAUCGAUGCCUUGGAGAGCGAGAAGAGCGAUCUGCGCGAUAAGCUGAAGUUAAACUCAAGCACCGGCAAGGUUCAGUCUGGCUCGGAUACCCAUUCCCCGCACAAUAUUUCUGUCGCUGGCUCAACGUCCAGUGCUCCGGGUAUUACCAAUGUUUCCUUCUCCUCGCCUGCAGGCACUGCCCCAGUUGUGGCCGAGGAAGUGCAGCUGCUGAAGAGUGCUUUUAACCAGGAGCGCAACGAACGCCUCCGACUGCAGGCGCAGGAUAUGCGUGCCAAGCUAUCACAGUUUGAACCUCUCCAUGUGCCGCAGCCACAGGAUCAGCGCAUUACCGCCUUGGAGUCGGAAUUGACCAGGAUGAAGCAUGCCUGGGUAUUGUCACUGCUGCAGGUCCGUUCCCAGGAUUCGGUGAAUGUGGGAAAACGCAUCGACACGGUGGCCCUGCAAAGACGCAACCAGCCUGUUCCACUUAAGGGCGAAAUCAGUUCGAAGGCCUCCCAGCUGGCUUCAGAUAUCCUAGCGGAGUAUCUGCAUCGGAAACCUCAUCGUGCUGCCCAUGGACAGUUUGCCUCCUUUCCCACCGUCGAUGUUAAGCGCGUGCUGCAGAUCUAAGAGGGGAUCUAAUGAUGAGUUAUCAUGGCAAUGGGAUCGGGGCCAGGGGCAAUCUAAAUAGAAUAGAAUUUUAUUUGUACUGCUAGCACAAUUUCGGAUCAUGGGGCAAACUCUACCCUCGCACAAGCUGCUUCCCCCCAACAACAACUCCUCAAGACUCCCUGCUCCUGUGAUGAGACCUAAACACGUUAGCUAAAACAAACUGAGAAAUUAUAAAUUCUAUACUUAAUUUAUGUUUUUUGUAUAAAGAUUAUAUACCUAUUGUAAUACUAAUAUUGUGUUUAACUCAAACGCCUGUUUCGAAACUAAACUCAAGCGAACUAAUACCGGUAUUAUCUAUGAAGUCUAUGGCAGGGGAGAUAUAUGUGAAAGACACAACUAAAUCAGAGAAACAAAUCUAAUUUGCAUACAUGAGAAUAAUAAAUACAUUAUAUAUAUAUAUAAAGUAAAUAUAUUUUGCUGAUGUUGUAUAACUUAAAAGAAA